AUGGGCAUCAACUUGGAAGCACUUGAUAUCCUCGUCACUGUCCACGGCAUUGGUCACGAUAUGGAUAUUGGUGCUGCGCCUUUCCGCCAGGGCCUUCCCCGAUUCCAGAUUGCUUAUGGUAUCAAUACCCUCUUUGUUUUGUUCUUCUUUUCAUCGGAUAAUUCCUUACUGGCGGUGUGA